AUGUUGGACUUCUUCACUAUCUUCAGUAAAGGCGGCAUCGUGCUCUGGUGCUUCCAGGGGGUGAAAGGAUCCUUCACCGGGCCUGUCAAUGCUCUGAUUCGCUCUGUCAUCCUACAGGAGCGAGGCGGGAACACCUCCUUCACCCAUGACUCCCUCACCCUCAAGUACAAGCUGGAUAAUCAGUCAGUUGAGCUGGUGUUUGUGGUGGGGUACCAGAAGAUUUUAACCCUGACCUAUGUAGACAAGUUAAUAGAUGACGUCCACAAAGAGUUUCGGGAUAAAUAUCGUAAUCAAAUACAGCAGAACGGGGCUCUAGGGCUACUGAAUGGCUCCUUUGAUUUUGAAGAUGACUUCAGCUUCCUUCUCAAGGAAGCAGAGGGGAGCAGAAAAGCUAGGCCCCCUGCCACCAUGAAGACAUUCGAACAGUCAGAGAAGUCAAAGAAGACGGUGAAAUCCAUGAUUGAGAAGCCAGGGGACAAGACCAAGGAGAACAACAAGAAAAACAAGGCUUCAAGGAAGGAAAACACUGCACCAGAAGUGAUCACUCCACCCAAUAAAGCAGGUAAAGCUGGCACCCCGGCAGUACCUGCGGAGAAGGAGGAGCUGACCUCGGAUGAAGCCAUGCAGAGGAAGCGCGAAGCGUUCUUUAAGAAGAUGAUGAAGGGGGGAGAUAAAGCAAGCAAAUCCCCAAAGCCCGAAUCUCAAAAGGAAAAGGAAAAAGGGAAGAAGCCCCGAGUGUGGGCAGGUGGGCCAGUGAAUGCCAAAGAGCUAGACUUCAGCAAACCCACUAUCAAUGGCAAUACAGAGGAGCCAGCAGUCCCUGAUGAGGACCUGUCGGCCCUGAGAUCAGGCCGGAUGGUGGGGAACCUCCCUGAUGUAGAGUGUGAAAGCAGCAGUGAGGAGGAAGAAGAGGAAGAAGUUCCUGCUGUUAGAACCAACACUACAGCUCCUGCCAAGCCCAGCACCAAGAAGAGCAGCUUUGGGGGAAUGUUUGGAAUGCUGAAAGGCCUAGUAGGGGCAAAGAGCCUGAGUUUAGAUGAUAUGGAUCCUGUUCUGGAGAAGAUGAAGGAUCAUCUCAUAGCCAAGAACGUGGCAGCUGAAAUCGCAGUGCAGCUCUGUGAGUCUGUGGCAAAGAAACUGGAAGGAAAAGUGAUGGGAACAUUCUCCACUGUGACCUCAGCUGUCAAGCAGGCCUUGCAGGACUCCCUGGUGCAGAUCUUGCAGCCAAAGCGUCGUGUGGAUGUCCUGCGUGAUGUGAUGGAAACGCAGCGCCUGCGACGCCCGUAUGUCAUCACUUUCUGUGGGGUGAACGGAGUCGGGAAAUCUACCAACCUGGCCAAAAUCUCCUUUUGGCUGAUUGAGAACGGUUUUAGCGUGCUCAUAGCAGCUUGUGACACAUUCCGAGCCGGGGCGGUGGAGCAACUGCGCACACACACUAGACGCCUUAAUUCCUUGCACCCUCCGGAAGAGCACAAGGGGCGCACCAUGGUGCAGCUCUAUGAGAAGGGGUACGGCAAGGACGCAGCUGGCAUUGCCAUGGAGGCCAUAUCUUACGCUCGGAACCAGAGCUUUGAUGUGGUGCUGGUGGACACAGCGGGCCGCAUGCAGGACAAUGCACCUCUGAUGACUGCGCUGGCCAAGCUGAUCGCUGUCAAUAUGCCCGACCUCGUACUGUUCGUUGGGGAGGCCCUGGUUGGCAAUGAGGCUGUGGACCAGCUGGUGAAGUUCAACAAGGCAUUGGCUGACCACUCUAUGACAGAGAAGCCACGUCUUAUUGAUGGCAUUGUGCUCACCAAAUUCGACACCAUCGAUGAUAAGGUGGGAGCUGCGAUCUCUAUGACGUAUAUCACAGGGCAGCCCAUUGUGUUUGUGGGCACAGGGCAGACUUACUGCGAUCUGCGCAGCCUGAACGCCAAGGCCGUGGUUGCUGCUCUGAUGAAGGCCUAA